GACAGAGCAGCGCCGGGCACACCGUCCUCCUGUGCUGCUGCUGCCGCCGGGGGCUUUGUCUGCCAGUGCCCCCAGCACCACACUGCAGAAAAAUGAUGCUCCAACACCCAGGACAAGCAUCCGCUGCGGAGGUCAGCGCGACCGCGAUCGUCCCGUGUCUGUCCCCAACCAUGACCUUCGCCUUUGAAGACUUCACCAACCUGACUCCCCUGGUUAAAGAAGAACUGAGGUUCGCCAUCCAGAACAAGUGCCUGUCCAGCCGACCGCCCUGCUCAUUGGACAACGUCAUUGUCGCCGACAGGCCGAUCGAGUUGUCCAUUUCUAAGAGAGAGUUUGUGCCAGAGGAAGACGAUAGGAAGAAGAGGAGGAGAGAACGGAACAAAGUUGCAGCUGCAAAGUGCCGGAACAAAAAAAAGGAGAAGACGGAAAGUUUACAGAAGGAGUCUGAGAAACUGGAAUCUAUUAAUGCAGAACUGAAAGCCCAGAUCGAGGAGCUGAAGACAGAGAAGCAACACUUAAUAUACAUGCUGAACCUGCACAGACCCACCUGCAUCGUCCGAGCCCAGAAUGGCAGGACUCCGGAAGAUGAGAGGAACCUUUUCAUUCAGCAAAUCAAAGACGGCACCCUCCAGAGCUUAGUGACUGAGGGAGUGAACUGAGCAUCUGUAUUGUAAAGAAAGUAGAACUUCAGAAACUUCCUGGGGGCCCUCAGGGGCCCCGAAGUUCAUCAGAGACCCUUAGAGCUGCAGGAUCUGUGCUGGAAAGGGGCAGCCUGUGUUAUUGGAGGGCCCUGGUUAGCAAGUGAAAGGAUAUAACAUUUGCUGGAGGCCUGCGUGUUCCGGCUAGCCACACUCAACGUAAUACGCCUUGCGCCUCGGAGAAUGGCGAGCACCGGUGCACUAGCUGUUUGCGUCUUCGUGUGGUGACACUAUGGGCUUCGCCCUACACUCUGUGCAAUUGUUUUAUUUGUUAUGGAAGCGAAAAGAAUUGAAAACCAUGAAGUGUUUUGGAAGCAAUAAAGUGUUGCUGCCAGGCAGCAGGAAAUGCUCUGUUGAAACCCACAAAAGUAUUUAGGGAGACAGGAAAGUGCGAGGAACUGCCUUAACAUUGUCUGACUGAAGAUGGCGGACAUUUCUUCACCAUUAUUAUCUGGUUGUGUUUUUUUUUUUUUUUAAACUUUUCUUUCAACUUGUUUGUUUAGUUUUUAACUUUUUUUCUAAAACGUUUCUUUGUGGUCAUCAAAAAAUGCGUACUCGUUGCGGAGGUGGCCGUCUUGCGAGUUGGACCACCAGUCAGCCUAUCAACUCCGUAGUGACUAUAUUAGUUCUUAGUGGAUUUGAUAAGCUGCAUUCUCAUUGGCCCAACCCUCAAAAUGGCCACACCCAUUAUUUUCAACCACCCCUAAAUCUCUUGGUACUCAUGCGGUUGUUUACGUUGCUACAUUCACAGUAAUGGGAAACAUUGCACGCGCUAGCUGCGCUUAGUAACUGACAGAUAAACGUAAAAAGUGCGCAGGCAUUAGGCCCAUGUAGGCUCCGUAUUGUCUCGUGUGUGUGUGUGUGUCUUGCAAGGCGGUGAUGUGGAGCAUUGGGAGAAAUGGUGAUGUCUAUUGUAAGAGUGGAAAUGUUGGGAACCACAGCCUGUGAGUUAUAUAGAUCAGUAACGUAAUGCAACGUGGUUGGGCAAUACUGCUGCAACACUAACUCUUUGUGCCACUCGUCCAUUGUCUAAAUUCCCGCAAGCAGUGCUAAGUGUGUGUAUUUUCCCCGAUGCCUCCAUAAAAACAUCCGGAUAAACUCCGCCGCGUUAAAAAAAUCUGCACAUUUCCGCUCAUCAUCCAACACACGUCUUAUACAUAGGUAAUCAGGACACGUUAAGGGGUAGGAUAGCGCCUCAGUGGGUCCUGCAGCUGUCACGUGGCUUGUGUAUGCACAAUAGAAAACUAAUGAACACUCAGACCUUCUAGAUGUAGGUUUUUUUAUUGCAUAAAUUCGGGUGCCGGGUCAGCCAUUUCCUAGCAGGACUCAUGAAGUACACCUGCGGCCUUAAUAAAUAGCUAAGACGCAGGCUGCAUGUAUCCACAUGUGCCGGUGUAAGCCCGCAUGAGAGAUGCAGGAUUUAUAGGCCAGCGUGGGUACUUCAGAAAUGAGCCCCCACCCACGCAUUUCACUUCUUCAGUAGGUUUGCUGAUUCGUUCUGACCAUUGUUUAAAUGCUGGAUACAGUCCUGAAAUUCAGCGUUCCCCACAAACGGCUGCCAUGAAGGGUCACCAUAUUCCAGAUGAGAAAUAGGAUCACAAAGUACUAAAUUCAGCGUUUUUAAUGAUACAAGCAUUGAGGUUGGCAAACGGUGGCUCCUCCAGUGGUUGAAAAGAGGCUUGUGGGGCAUGCUGGGAUUUGUAGUUCCACUCGAGCUGGAAUUAAGGCCUGAUGUGAUUAAUGGUGGGGGAUAUAGAAUUCCAGGAUAUCAGUAGCUGGUAUUAAAAUCCUAAAACAUUGAGUUUCUAAUUAAUUUUGCAACAUGCUGUUUUAAAGUACAAUAUAGAGCCAAAAUUAUCUCAGACGUGACUUGUACGCGCAAAUGCAGGAAUAUGUGCCAGAUGCCACUCUAACGUGUGCGACUUUUAUAUUCUGUGACAGAAGUGUUUCUUUGGAAUGUGUGUUGGAUGGAUGGAUGGAUAUUGCAUUGUCCUGCACUUAUUCUGUGUGUAAACUUGUCAGCUGGAAUGAAUGGAAACUGCUAAACUGGAAUCAAACACGCCAGACAAUGAAAGCCAUUUUGCUGUGGAAGUACGUUCAGGCCUAUGAUAGACACUAUCUGUAACGCUCAAUCUCGGAGCUGACCGGAGUCUGACAGUUUUUUAUUUAUUUGUUUUUUUUUGCCAAAUGAGUCGCAGCGCGAUUGUAUGUACAGAGAGCCAAAACCGCCAUGGAAAUAUCCGGUCAUAAAAGUCUGUGCACAUUGCUGCUGGUGGAGAAAUAUCCUCCUUAAAACAAGCUGGUGACUUCUACCCCUUUUCCACCAAAAUCCCAGGUCUGACCCGGGACUUGGAACAUGGUUACAAUCUGGGACAGACAUUAUUCCCACUGCGGCUCCGACCCAGGUUCUUCCAGUGUUGGCGCCGAUCACACUGCACACGGAUGAAGUCUCUCUUGAUGACAUCAUCUCCAAGCGCCAGGAAAUCCGUCUCUCCCAUUUCUGUUAUCAGGACCUGGAUUGAAUGACCUGAGUUACCCGUUUACACUGAGGCUUACCCGAGUCCUUCCUGCGACCAACACUGAUAGCUACCCGGGGACUUUUCCACUGAGCCACGACCCUGGUUAUCACGGCAAUAACCCAGGUUUUAGCGGCAGUAGAAAAGCGGUAUUAAAGUGGGAUAUGAGGCUAUUACAGAAAUAUGGCAGCAUGCAGGGAGCAACUCAUUUUGGCAGCCAGUGAAAGGCGAGACAGCACAGGUCACUUUCUUGCAGAAAUUGACCAACUUUUUUAUUUUCUGGGGGUUUUUUUUUAGUUCCCAUCCUUAUUGAAUUAAGCCAGAAUACAGUGUUUUUUGUUUUUGUUUUGCGGUUGUUGUUUUUUUUUUUUUUUUCAUCGUAUGCUUCUGUAUAACUUUAUUUUUUGGGGGGUGUUAGAGGUGGGUGAAUGCUCUCCCCAUCAGCUCAUCACCUGCACUUAAGCAUUUAAGCCAGAAAAACUUAGAGGGUAGAUUUACUAAAACUACAAAAAUCUAGAACAUACUAGAUAUGUGAGAGCUAAAAUCUAAACGGUUCCUUUUUUAUUAUUUUUUUGUUACAAUUUUUAGUAAUUCUACUCUAUGAUGACAUUACACAUUGUAUCCUUGCAUCUAUAACAUUGUUAUCUAGAUGUCAAAUCUUUUUUUUCUUCUCUUUGAUUUUUUUUUUCUAGAAUAAAUAUGCAGCGAUGUCUCGCAAAUGGAUUUUAUGGGUUACUUUUCUGUCCUGUCACCCAUAGACACAUCUGUCAUCUAAUCAUAUGGUCCCUAUUAUAUAUAUAAUAUAUAUCCAAAUAUAUUACAUGUGACGCAGGCGUCGUGUAAUCUGGUUUGGCAUUUGUUAUUCCCAUGUGUUUACUGGCAUGUAUGUUAAUCUUGUUAGCACUAUAUAUGUAUAAAUAUAUAUAUAUUUUUUUCACUUUAUGUAACAUCUGCAGGUUCAAUUAUCGUCGUGGUACUAAGUUUUAAGUCGCUCACGAUAUUACAGAUGUGAGAGGAAUUGCAUGUUUUAAUGUAUGUUCAUGGCAAAUUAUCGAAAUUAGGUACUUUAAUGCCUGUUUUAUAUUAUGAGGUUUUUUUGUGUUU